AUGGAGAAGUCAGAUGAUUGUGGUCAAGAGUUGCAGAAAAAGAGGAGAAUGAGAUAUAAUCGAAAUAAACGUAGACGCCAACAGUGCGCCAUAACCAAGCGUGCGUCCGAAGCUGUGGCACAACAGUUUGAAGAGAGCGUUCGUCAACAAAAGGCGCUGACAGAUAAAUAUACCAUGAAAUGGAGAAAGAUUACCCAAGAAGCAAAAAAUUUAAAAGCUCGACUACACAGGCAACAGCAUAUUAGGCAGGUAAUAUACCAAUGGCAAUGACAAUGUUGUACAUUCAGACAGUGAUUUGUGGAUUACGCACACCCAUGCUUUUAUGUGCUAGCUAUAGCCAAUUUUGUUUUAUGAAAUAGGUAUACACUAAGCAGCAUGCAUGGUGUAGCAUGGUUAAAACCUAUUUAAUAAAACAAAAUUGGCUAUAGCUAGCACAUAUUAAAGUUGAAAAAUUAUCUUCCACUACAUUGUACGUAUGGUUUUGGAAUUCAUUUUUGUGAUCAAGUUAAAAUGCCAAUAUUUAAAUUAAAUCGAAAUAUAUAAAAUAAGACUUUUAAUGUACUCUAUCAGGCAGCUACUAUCCAUUCUGUUAUGCAUCUGUAAAUUUACAACAGGGGAGGCGGAAGAGGCAAACCAUGAAAAUUUGACAGCAUGCAUGCCCCCAUGUGUAGAAAUUUUGACAUCAGCUACCUUCCCCAGGGAGGGGGUGGCAAGUGGGGUCAUAUAGAAACAACAUCUGUUGACAGAGUUUCUGUCCUCUGACAUCUAUUGCUGGGAUACUGUCUAAACAAGAUGAACAAUUCCCAUAUAAAUAUGUCAUCAUGCCAAUAUUAUGAACAUGCCAUCCCAUUCUAGGCAAGUUUCGGGGCUAUUGGGAUGAAAACAUAUCCUGCCUAGCUGAGGGCAUAGAAACAGCCAAACAGAUAAACAAAAAUGUCAAAUCCCCCUGGAUUUGUCCAUCCCCUCUCCCAUAACAUUAACAUGUGCAUUAGUGUUACUGUAACAGUAUAAAAUUAUAGUCCCUUCUACUAAUCCAAUAUUGGAACUACAAGGUAUAUAUAUAUUGUAAUAUUAUAAAAAUAAAGUGUUUUUUUUCUAAACCUUUUACAGAUUUCAAUGGCUCAUGGUGCUGAAACAUUUGUAAAUCCACUUUCCAGUGUAAACCACAUAAGUCCAGAUGAAUUAAUCCACCUGAAGGAGGAAGCAUGUAUUGGCUCUGGUACAUUUGGAGAAUGUCUAUUAAAGCUGUACAAGCAGUUCAACAUGGUGGUUUUGGAAAAGCAGCUAUCAAAACCUGAUUUAAAAGCUGUCAUUAAUGAAGCUAAGUGUAUGAACACACUAACACAUCCAAACAUUCCACAGUUAUUAGGUGUUCAAAUAACACAAAAGCCAUAUUCUUUAAUAAUGGAGUUCAUUGGUGAAGAUAUGAAGUCAUCGACAGUGCAUGAAUUGCUUCAAGAAACUAGUUCAAAAGGAUCACCACUUCUUACAGCUGACUGGAUUUCAGUUUGUCUUGACAUUGUUCAAGCUGUCAACCACAUGCAUUCCAAAGGCUACUUGCAUUGUGACCUCAAAACCAACAAUGUCUUGGUAUUGAAAAAGAGAGGAUUUGUUAUUGACUUUGGAAAAGUUUGCCUUACUACCAAACCAACUGCAAAGAAAUACACAAAAUUUUAUCACUACACAGCCCCCGAGGUAUUGCGAGGAAAACCAGUUAGCUCGUCAAGUGAUGUAUUUUCUCUUGGUGUCAUUACUUCCACAAUUGGCAAAAGCCAAGGAUACCAAGCCACAUGUUCGACCAAUUUUCCGCUCAUUGAUAACAUUGCUGCAAGAAAUCAUUGA